AAUCUCACCAACGAAUAACAACGUAAUUAAACCAUGGUGGAAAAUAAUCAUGAUAAUAUGAAUAUCGCAACAAUGACAUCAUGCUACAUGUGAAAUUGCGUUCACCUACCCUUAUUAUAAUAUUAUCGCUAUAUAAUCUUGAUGUGUGAAGACACUAUGUGGACUCCGCCUAGGUGUAUAGUGAAUCGUGUUCGAUCUUCAAGAAUUCUAUGGACUCUUGCAUUGCUCUUGACGAUAACGGAGGUCCUUGCAAUAGAUGAACCUUGUGAUGAUGGGUCAGGAGAUUGUAAAAAUGGAGCUACAUGUAUAAAAGUUAAUACAGAAGGACAAACGAAAAAUAUGUGCAUAUGUACGGAGCAGUACACUGGAUGGGAUUGCUCCGUGAAAAUCGAUUAUUGCAAAAAUCAUUGUAAACCAUACAGAAAGGAUAUAUCAUGCCAACAGGCAUUGUGCAAUCAAGGCACAUGUGUGAAUGCGGAUGAAUACCCGUACUAUAGCUGUAACUGUGGACCAUUUUUCUCAGGAUACAACUGUGAAAUAGAAUAUAACCCAUGUAGCCAACCAGCGACAAAUCCAUGUGGCCAUGGAACAUGUGUAUUCAUCAGAGGAACGAACCAAGUCAUAUGCCAGUGCCAUCCAGGAUGGAUGGCCAACCUAAAUCAACAAGUGAUGAAGUUGACCUGGAAUGGUGCAGAUAUAUUUGUAUCGCCGCCAUGUACCGAACCUAUAAAACGUGGGAUCACGGGAUUGGCACCUAUGCUAACACCAAAAACCAAAGCACUCUGGUAUACGAUUUUUAUAGCCUCAAUAGUAGUGUUUAUAUGGAGCCUGGCAUCUGUCAUAAGAAAUGCACUCUCAAAUAGAACUACACAGAGUACACAGUAAACUGAUCAAUAUCGUGAA